GGCCGAAGUAUAAAUACGUUUUUCCAUCCAGAAAAAGCAUCCAUUCUUCCACAGCCAUUGGACAAGCACAUUCCGACCCCUUCACCUUCAACACUCCCAUUUCAAAAUGAACGGACACUUUACCUUCGCUUUGGCCACCGUGGCCCUCAUGGCCUCCAUGUAUGUGGCCGUGGCCAUGCCGCAGGCGCCUUCAGGCGCAGGGGGUGCUUAUCAGUUUCCCUCGGAGGCUGAGAGUAUCUUGAGCACCGUGCCCGUGGUAGAGUCCUUCACCUGUGAAGGUCAGGCUUACGGUUACUAUGCCGAUGUGGCCAACAACUGUGAGGUGUUCCACAUUUGCUUGCCUAUCGAGGAUGAUGCUGGAGCGGUGAUUGAAUAUGCCCAAUGGUCCUUUGUGUGCGGUAAUGGAACCAUCUUUGAUCAACAAACCCUGACCUGCAACUAUCCCACGGACGCCUUCCCUUGCGAAGAGGCCGCUUCUCUGUACGGAGCUGUCGAGUUCGGCAAAAUCGAAGAGUAAAGCAUGGCAACGGUAGAGUGACCAACAACGAAAGAAGCACCCUUGAAAAGAAGAAAAAGAAAGUUGGAACCAGCCAAGGAACACCUCCCAUCAAAGCCCACUCCCGCAUCCCCAUCCUUGUGGAAACCACAAUGCCUGCCUGAGAGCUUAAGAUCAGAUCUUGCCGAAAUCAGUAUUCAGUGCAUCAAAAUCAGCCCACGUGUUUUCUGUUUGAUUGCUAGUCAGCCUUGAGAGUUCCAUUCGUUUCAGUGGCAUUACACGUCCCUUUUCCCCAACCAGUGAUCCAAGACGCCAACCAAGUCUUGGGCCAUUGUUCAAUCGGCGAAAUCUUGGUCUCUCUCGUUGAAGAUGAUCUCAAAAUUUGCUGACCUUCUUUUAGACGUCCUCACAUUGGGCCCUUCAAACAUCAUCAAAACAUCCUCAGUGCCAUAAUCUUGACCCCUGUCCCCUGUCCCCCAUCCCUCGACCUUUAACCUUCUCCUCGCUUCCCACAACCCUCCUCGACUUGGCAUUUUGUUACCCCUUUUUGUAAGCAGAUCCCGAAUGCAAUUGUGUGAAUGCGUCUCAUUUCUUUAAACAUACCUUCUUGUACGUUUUGAUCAACUAUCUGGUUUGUUUUUCAGAUAUUUUUUUGCAUCUCUCUUUCUCUCUCAUGAAAUGACGCCGCCGCCGCUGUGAUAAGUUAUAAUGUACAGGUUGACGUAUACAAACUGCGUUGUAUCAAGCCCAAUAAAAAUGU